GACAACGCCUGGUUCCUCUCGGGUCCUUCCGGCGUCGCCGGAGUGAAUUGAUCCGGGAGUUGAAGAGGGCUCCAAAGGUGGGAAGUGAAGUCAGUGCCUCAGUUGUUGGACUGUUUUUAUCUUCAUUUUGUAAAACUGAGAGCAGUGGGAUUGGAAUUAUUUCCCAAGACGUAUUUUAUGCUUUUUUCAAAUAACACGGCAUCACAAGAGAGUUUAGUUUGCUCCUUACUAGAAAAGAAGAUACGUUGCAUUUCUUGGAGUAUACAGCUCAGUUUUCGUCCAUUUUAAGAAACUGAAGCACAGAGGGAUGAAGUGACUUGCCCAGAGACGAGCUUCCUCCUCUAAACCUUUGGUCUCUUGUUUGGAAGUGGCUACAACAUUUUGACAUGAGAAGGCUCUAAAAGGUCAGUAUAUGUUUUGUGCCCUAUUCUUUUAUCACAAAAAAGAGAGGAAAUACUGCGGUGAAUGAAGAUUCCUCUGCAUUUUAGCACUGCUUUUUCUUCUGUAGUUGGCUUUUGAAUGAGGAUGACAAUGGAAGAGAUGAAGAAUGAAGCUGAGACCACUUCCAUGGUUUCUAUGCCCCUCUAUGCAGUCAUGUAUCCUGUGUUUAAUGAGCUAGAACGAGUAAAUCUGUCUGCAGCUCAGACGCUGAGAGCAGCUUUCAUUAAGGCUGAAAAAGAAAAUCCAGGACUCACACAAGACAUCAUUAUGAAAAUUUUAGAGAAAAAAAGUGUAGAAGUUAACUUCACAGAGUCACUUCUUCGAAUGGCAGCUGAUGAUGUAGAAGAGUAUAUGAUUGAACGACCAGAGCCAGAAUUCCAGGACCUGAACGAGAAGGCACGAGCACUUAAACAAAUUCUCAGUAAGAUCCCUGAUGAGAUCAAUGACAGAGUGAGGUUUCUGCAGACAAUCAAGGAUAUAGCUAGUGCAAUAAAAGAACUUCUUGAUACAGUGAAUAAUGUCUUCAAGAAAUAUCAAUACCAGAACCGCAGGGCACUUGAACACCAAAAGAAAGAAUUUGUAAAGUACUCCAAAAGUUUCAGUGAUACUCUGAAAACCUAUUUUAAAGAUGGCAAGGCAAUAAAUGUGUUCAUAAGUGCCAACCGACUAAUUCAUCAAACCAACUUGAUACUUCAGACCUUCAAAACUGUGGCCUGAAAGUUGUAUAUGUUAAGAGAUGUACUCUCAGUGGCAGUAUUGAACUGCCUUAUCUGUAAAUUUUAAAGUUUGACUGUAUAAAUUAUCCGUCCCUCCUGAAGGGAUCCAAUCCAGGAUGUUGAAUGGGAUUAUUGCCAUCUUACACCAUAUUUUUGUAAAAUGUAGCUUAAUCAUAAUCUCACACUGAAGAUUUUGCAUCACUUUUGCUAUUAUCAUUCUUUUAAGAAUUAUAAGCCAAAAGAAUUUACGCCUUAAUGUGUCAUUAUAUAACAUUCCUUAAAAGAAUUGUAAAUA